UAGGUCUAUGGUGAGCUCUGAGCUCUGAGUAUUUUUUAGGUUAAUUUUCGAGAGGUUUACUUUCAAGCAAUUCGUUUCGUUUUCAUUCAAUAUUCAAAAUAAAUGGCUUUAAGAUGUGCAAAUAAUUUAGGUUUACGCCUAUUACAAUAUCCUUCAGCUGGCUUACUAGCUCCAUUGACAAAUAGUUCAUCGAUUCAAAUUGUGCGACAUAGAAGAACUAAACAUUGGAAUCCCAAAUGGAAGCUUUUUCGUCGUCUUAAAGUGAUGAAAGUAGAUUUACCGAAAUUUAACGAAAAACCUGAGGAUUUGUCAGAAGAACAAAUACGUACACGUUUAAAAGAACAAGGAUUAUUGCCUCCAAGACCAUGGGUGGAACGGCAAUUUUUCAUUCAUUCAACAGGUGGAGUCUUUGAACCAUAUGUUCCUCCUGAAGGUGAUGGUAAAAUUUCACCCGUCUCUAAACAAGGUGCUAUGCAAAAUAUUCAGUUUUUGCAAAAGAAAUCAAGAACAAUGAUGGCUAUUCGAAAACUUCGUCAGUAUGAUGAAGAUUUUGAUACUCCAGAUUUUUGUAAAGAAGCAACUAAAAUUUACAUCAAAAUGCAUGAAAUGAUGGCUGCAAACGAUAAGGAUGAUAUAAUUAAAGUUGUAACAGAAAGAGCAUAUCCUGAGGUUAUGAAUAAUAUAGAAAAUAAGACAAUUCAUUGGAAGUAUAUUAAAGACAUAGAGUUACCCAGAGUUGUUUAUGCAAGGUGUACAGACAUUAUAUCAAAAGAAAAUGUGUUUGCUCAAAUUACAGUUAGAUUCCAUACGCAGCAGAUAUUGGCAGUUUAUGAUCGUUUCGGAAGAUUAAUGCAUGGUAGUGAAAUAAUAGCAAAAGAUGUUUUGGAAUACGUAGUUUUUGAGAAACAUGUAGCUAAUCAGUACGGAAUUUGGCGAGUGCAUGCUAAAAUCAUCCCUGAUUGGUUACCCCCUAGAGAACCCACUGCAACCACUUACUUGAGACGUGAAAAAUCACCUUCAGAAAUAGAAAUUGCCACUCCUGAAACUGAAGCUAAAGUCCAUGAUAUUAAUAAGGAGCCAAGUGCAUCAACUCCUGCUUAAAUUGAAUAAUCUCAUAAAAGACUUGUGGGGUAUAUUAAUAAUAUAUAAUAUAAUAUUAUACAUCAUGUGUAUAUUUGGAGAGGUAAUUUUACACAUGAAAACAUGAGAAAAAAUUUUAGUUAUUUUUUUAAUUUCAGAGUUGGUGUUUCACCAGAAUUAUUUACAUUACAAACUAGUUUUUUAAAUUUUUCUUAAAAUUCUGUUUUGGCCCGAAUUUUUCUCUUAAAAAAAGUGAUUUUAAAAAUUCACUAUACUAAUUACUACAAAAAACGUAUCAAAUGAACCAAUAUUGAUUGAUAUAUCUUGGGAAAUAUGUUUUUCUUGACAAAAUAAUUAAAUUCUGAAUAUACAGGGUGUCCCAGAAUAACCUGUACAAUGGAAGACCACAGAUUCGUGGACU